AUGCACCCUGUGCAUCACAAAGAGCGCAGGACGCAGCGAGCAAAGGCUCUCCAAAAACAAUUAUCCGCCUCAAAAGUGGUGCUCUAUGUUGAUGGCGCCGAAUAUGGGAACAGAAAUCAUUAUGCAAUAUCAGUCAUUAACUAUCAUGACCAGGUCGCUGCGGCCGCCUCCAUUCCUGGCUCUUCCUCGGAGGAGGCGGAGCAAGCGGCCAUAGCACUGGCCCUCACAAUCCUAAAUUCAUCAGUUAUCGUUAGCGACUUCAAAGAAGCCACACACAACUUCGGCAUUGGCAGGGUCUCCAAGCCAGCCUUUACCCUCCUCUUGGCCCAUCCUUUCCAUCAAACUGUCUCAUUAAUCUGGACUCCCGCGCAUGUGGGCCUUGCCGGAAGCGAGGCGGCUCAUGCCAGUGCCCGAGGAUUUACAGUACGGGCUCAGUCAUCAGAUGUGCCGGACCUCGCCUCGGAGGAGGCACCAUUUACACGAUGGAAUGAGGUUUGUAACGCAGCGGACGGCCAGAUGCACUGCGGCAAGACGUGGAGUAUGCUGAGGCAUCUUUUGGAUGCGACAACAACCAAGUCUCACCAGCACCACAACUUGGCCAAGAUUAGCCACAGGGCGCUGACCGAGCAGGGGGAAGACGAAGUGAAGGAACGCCUCGACGACAAGUACCUUCCGGUCACUCCCACAGAGACGCACCCGGAUUACCUAGGCGAAGCAAACGAGUGGCUAGAUCGAGACAUUCAAGUAUGGGAAGUAAGGGUUGCCCUGCACGAUCUCAACAGCAACUCCGCCGCUGGUCCCGACCGCGUUACGAACAGAGCGCUAAAAAAUCUUAACGAAGCGGCAAUCGAGAACCUCACGGCAUACUUCAACACUUGCUGGCGAGCCGGAUCAUUACCUCGGCAGUGGAAAGCAGCCAAGACCAUCUUGAUUCCCAAGCCGGGCAAGCCACCCAACAUUGAGAACCUCCGGCCGAUCUCGCUUACGUCCUGUGUGGGCAAAGCGUUGGAGCAUGUACUCAUGAACAGGUGGCAGAGGUACCUGGAAGAUUCGGGGCUCUACCCAAACACCGUCAUCGGGUUCCGAAACAAGCUCGGAACUCAGGACACCAUGAUACAACUGAAAAAUGAAAUCCUCGAUGACACUACCAACACGAAAGACAAGCGAGCCAUUUUGGGUUUGGACCUGCAGAGCGCUUUUAACAAAGUGAGACACUCUGCGAUUCUGGCCCAGGUGUCACGGCUAAACAUGGGCAAGAGAACUUAUGCGUACAUCAAGGAUUUUUUGACGGAGCGGACUACUGAAAUCAUCGCCAGUAACCUGCGGCUCCAAAAGAAGAAGCUUGGCAGGGUCGGGACCCCCCAGGGCUCAGUCAUCUCGCCAUUGCUUUUCAACCUUGUAAUGAUAGGGGUGGCUGAGCGCCUCUCACGAGUCGCGCGGGUCCGACACACCAUCUAUGCCGACGACAUAACUCUCUGGGUCCCAGGAGGAAGCGACGGACACAUCGAGAAUACAUUGCAAGAGGCGGUUGAGGCUAUCGAGGAGCAGCUGGACGGGUCUGGGCUCGUCUGCUCCCCAAGCAAGUCUGAGCUGUUGGUGAUUCCUCCGAAAGGGACAGCUAGGAAGACAAAAGGCAACGAACCUGCGACAGAGCAAGACACAAUAAAGAUCAAGACGAGGGGUUGUCACAUGAUCCCGGCUGUCGAGAAGAUGUGAGUGCUGGGGAUGCUGGUUGAGCGCAAACGAGUCAACGGCGAGACGGUCAACCGUCCGGCGGCCAUAGUCACCACGGCCAUCCGCCUCAUUAAGAGGGUGUCGCACAGAACAGCAGGCAUGAAGGAAGAAAGGCUCACUCGGCUAGUGGAAUCCUUCGCUAUAAGCCACAUUACAUACGUUGCUGCUUUCCACAACUGGAGGCAGUGCGGACGAAAUAAGAUCAAUGCGCUCAUACGCAAAGCGUACAAGGCUGCACUCGGACUUCUCGACUGCACAAGCACCGAAAAGUUCCUGGUGUUGGCAGUGCAUAACACCCUGGAGGAAAUCGCCGAGGCGCAGAGGACCGCUCAGCUCGCGCGCCUAUCAGAAACAAGAACGGGCAGACAAGUGCUGCGUGACCUAGGCCUGGGACCAAAGGAAAUGGGACCCGAAAAUACAGAGGUGCCUGUACCGGACGCAAUUAGUAUAAGGCUACGGGUUUGUCCGGUGCCAAGAAAUUCGAACCCUGAGUUCCACAAAGAGCGGCGGGCGGCGAGGGCCAAGGCGCUCAUCGAUCUCCAUGCCAAAGACAGGGGUGCCGUGUUUGUGGACGCGGCAGAGUAUCCACAUGACAGAAAGGCAUUCGCCGCUGCAGUCGUCGGGGCAUCGACCGGUGCAACGAGAACAGCGGCGAGUGUGCGGACUCGAGGGGCGCAUCAAGCCGAGGAGGUGGCCAUUGCUUUGGCCAUCGCCGACCCCGAGUGCACGACUGUGCUCUGUGAUUCUAGGACGGCAGUGAAAAAUUACGCCAGAGCAAGGGUGUGUGGUGAAGCCUCGUGUGAGUUGCGUGUGGUCGACCUCGCGAGUGAAAGUCGGUGUGUGGUGAUAAAGUGGUUUCCGGCCCACAUGGGCAGUGAUGUGUCGGAUCGCGGCAACGCUAACCACAACGAGACGGCGAACGCGGCGGCGCAAGGACUAACCAACCAUGCCGCUGCUACUACAGCCGACCCGUCGUGGUGUUGGGAAACCAAGGACAAAAUGAAUUCCUACAAUGAAAUUGUGAAAUGGUACCAACUAGAGCGAAGGACUAUGCCGCCACCUCAUCCGGGCUUGACCCGUAAGGAGGCGGUUUUAUACCGACAACUUCAAACGGGGCCGUUAUUCACCCCGGUGCUGAUGAGGCACGUGUGUCCAAGUGUUUAUGAAAGUGAUCUGUGUUGUGUGUGCCGAAAGGAAAGAGCCACUGCAGCUCAGAUCCUUUGGGACUGUGCUAAGAAUCCGCAUGAAGCUGCAACAAUGACAACGAUCCCGCCGCGGCUCGAGGCCGCAACGAGAUGCUAUGACCAAGAUGUACAAACCCAGGCCAUCCAGCAGAUCUCGGCAGCCCUCGAAAGGCAACGACCGAGCGAAACCGGAGGGAGGCUGCCACCCCAAAAGAGGGGCAGGCGCGGUCGACCAAAGGGAAUAGUGCGGCCGCGGCCGAAGUAG